GUUCAUCUGGAAAACCCUUAACUCCCUCACCAUCCGAUUUCUCAAUCCAAUUAAUACAUUAAAUCCCCAACCACAGGAAAGAGAAUGAGAGAGAGAGAGCGGGGGAGAGCGCUUAGUUAGCCGGCAUCAGAAUUCAGGAGCGAGCUGGGUGCGGGCAGCUGCAGGGAGGGAAGCAACAGGGAUUUAAAUGCUGCUGUUCGUGGCAAUAAAGAAAACCAUCACCUCCUCCACCUCAAGCGCAUCGCCGGCACACCCUCCCUCCUGGAUCGAGUCCUCUCCUCAUUAUAUAACGCAAACGGGAGUUGCACCACCGCACCACAAAUACCCAGGCACGCCAUCGAGCUGGCCUGGUUCCACUCCAGCACCACCAGCAACUGACCAGGAGCUAGCACAUGCGCGCGAGAGUGCCCGCGGUCGCCUUCGCCUAGCUCCAGCAGCUCGAUCCACAAGCACUCUCCACGCGAGCUGAGCGAGCGAGUUUCGUGUGCGGCCGGCGGUGAUCAGGAGUUGGUGGUUUGGUUGGAAGAUGAGCAGGAACAACGGCAAGGUCGGGUCGAAGCUGCAGGAGCUGCGGCUGAGCCUGUCUCGGUCGCGCGGGGGCGCGGGGGGGCCGUCGGGGGCGACCGGGCAGGGCGGCGUCGGCGGCGGCGGGGGCUCGCCGAGGCGGCUGUCGUCGUCGUCGUCCUCGACCGCGUCCCCGCCGAGCUCGUGCGUGUCGUCGGAGGGGAGCCCCGAGGCGGGGGGCGCCGGCGCGCCGAUGAUCCUGGCGGGGUGCCCCCGGUGCAUGAUGUACGUGAUGCUGUCGCGGGAGGACCCCCGGUGCCCCAAGUGCCACAGCACCGUCCUCCUCGACUUCAACGGCGACGCCCCCGCCGCCGACCCGCGCAACGCCGGCGCCAAGAGCAAGGGCAGGCGCGGCUGACGGCUCCGGGCGUUGGAGCCAUGCGCAUGGUCGCCGUGGCUCGCUAUCAUCAUCAGUCCUAAGUUACGUACGUGCGUGUUGGUUGUGUCCGUGUGUGUCCGAGUUGAUCAGAAAGGAAUUAUUUCGUAGACCCGUUCUUCCAUGGACCAGGUGGUAGGGGAAGUAAGCUCUGAGCUGUGCGUGUCGGGCAUUGGGGUGCCAAUGGAACGGGUCUAGGUAAUAAUUUCGGGUCCCUCUCUACCCUUGUGUGUUGGUGACUUGGUAUGUGAUGGUCUCUGCAGGUGCAGAAGAGACGUGCGUGUCAUGUGUGUGUCGUGGUGAAAGUGAUGUGGUGUUCUGUACGGGGCAGUACUGGUAAGGAUUAAGAUUUUGUCUCGGAGAUUUUAUGGGAGCGUAAUGCUCUCGUCCA